GCGUCCCGCUCGGCGGCUGCGGGGCACAGACGCGGCCGGGCUCGGCUGCCCUGCAGCCCGCGAUGCCCUCGGGCUGCCGGGUACGCCGCGGGGCAUGGUGAGCCCUGGGCGGCAGCUCCCUGCGGGGACUCGGCAGGCGGCCUCUCCGCUCCGCCUCAGCCUCCUGCUCCUGCUGCUGGUGCCGCGGGGCACCGGGGCGCAGAAAGGUGAUGGAUGUGGACACACCAUCCUGGGCCCCGAAAGUGGAACUCUUGCUUCAAUAAACUACCCACAGACCUCUCCCAAUAGUACAGUUUGUGAAUGGGAAAUUCGUGUAAAGCCUGGGCAGCGAGUUCAGCUCAAAUUUGGUGAUUUUGAUAUUGAUGACUCAGAUUCAUGUCAUUCCAGUUACUUAAGAGUUCACAAUGGGAUUGGCCCUACCAGGACAGAGAUAGGAAAAUACUGUGGGUUUGGUUUUCAAAUGGAUGGUUUAAUUACUUCAAAAAGUAAUGAAGUCACAGUACAGUUCAUGAGUGGAACACAUACUUCUGGACGUGGAUUUCUCGCAGCUUAUUCAACCACUGAGAAAUCAGACCUAAUUACCUGUCUAGACAAUGCAAGUCACUUUUCCGAACCAGAAUUCAAUAAGUAUUGUCCAGCUGGAUGUGUGAUUCCUUUUGCUGAUAUUUCAGGCACUAUUCCCCAUGGAUACAGAGAUUCAUCAUCACUUUGUAUGGCUGGUAUUCAUGCAGGCGUUGUAUCAAAUACUCUGGGUGGCCAAAUUAAUGUUGUAAUCAGCAAGGGCAUUCCAUACUAUGAAGGCUCCCUGGCUAACAAUGUCACCUCAAAAGUGGGACUGUUAUCUACUGGUCUUUUCACAUUCAAGACGAGCGGUUGCUAUGGGACACUGGGGAUGGAAUCUGGAGUAAUCCCUGACUCCCAGAUCACAGCAUCGUCUAUUCUUGAGUGGCCUGACCGAACAGGACAAAUGAACAUCUGGAAACCUGAAAAUGCCAGACUAAAAAGGGUUGGUCCUCCCUGGGCUGCUUUUAUCAGUGAUGAACAUCAGUGGUUGCAGAUUGACUUGAAUAAAGAAAAGAGAAUAACAGGUAUUAUAACUACUGGAUCAACCUUAGCAGAGUACUUUUAUUAUGUCUCUGCGUACAGAAUUCUGUACAGUGAUGAUGCACAGAAAUGGACAGCAUACAGAGAACCUGGCAUGGAUAAAGAUAAGGUAUUUCAAGGGAACACUGAAUUGUACCAGGAAGUUCGCAACAACUUCAUUCCACCCAUUAUUGCACGCUUUUUUAGGAUUAACCCCUUAAAAUGGCACCAGAAAAUUGCAAUGAAAGUAGAACUGCUAGGAUGUCAGUUUAGCAUAGGCCGUGCUCCUAAAAUCACCCUGCCACCUCCACCUCAGAACAAGAAUGAUAACAAAAACAGUGAGAUCAGUGAUGACAUCAUUAAUUCAGUGAAGACUUCGUUGCAGACAGAUAAAACAACUUUCACACCUGAAAUAAAAAACACUACAGUGACUCCAAGUGUAACCAAAGAUGUGGCAUUGGCAGCAGUUCUGGUUCCAGUGCUGGUGAUGGUCUUCACUACUCUGAUUCUUAUCUUAGUUUGUGCGUGGCAUUGGAGAAACCGCAAGAAAAAAACUGAGGGCACUUAUGAUCUACCUUACUGGGAUCGUGCAGGAUGGUGGAAAGGAAUGAAGCAGUUUCUCCCAACAAAGUCAGCAGAACAGGAAGAAACGCCUGUACGCUACAGCAGCAGUGAAAUAAGUCACCUAAGACCAAGAGAAGUCCCAACGAUACUGCAAACAGAGUCUGCAGAGUAUGCUCAGCCACUGGUAGGGGGACUUGUUGGCACGCUUCAUCAGAGAUCCACCUUUAAACCAGAGGAAGGAAAAGAAGCAAGUUAUGCUGAUUUGGACCCUUACAGUUCACCCAUCCAGGAAGUUUAUCAUGCCUAUGCUGAACCACUACCUAUAACUGGACCAGAAUAUGCAACUCCCAUUAUCAUGGACAUGUCCAGCCAUCCCAACGUACCUCUUGGCAUUCCUUCCAUUUCCACCUUCAAAACUGCAGGGAAUCAAGCUCCUCCACUGGUUGGAACUUGCAAUAAACUCUUAUCUAGGACAGACAGCACAUCCUCAGCACAGGCGCUGUAUGAUACACCCAAGGGGCAACCAGCGCCAGGUACCACUGAUGAAUUGGUGUACCAGGUACCACAGAGUGUGGCCCAUGCCACUGGGAGUAAGGAUGAACUCAGCUCAUGAGUAAGGUAGAAUGAUGGCUUGCUUUUAAAAGCCAAUUCCAUAAAGCUGACAGUUACACUUUUUAAUUGCAUUGUUUUGAUUUUGUUAGUCUUAAUACAAUGCUGAACCAAAAGAUGUGAUACUCAAGGUCAGGAAAGCUGGUAAUCCUGCCUUUCCUGAAGCUGUACGUAUAAUUAAUAGCUUGUCUCCUGUAAAACCAUGGACAGUUUUAUUACUACUGUACAAUUGUCUGUCAGACAUGAGAGAAGAACUCUUCAAGAUUAGCUUCAGUAAUUGAUAGAUGUGAAUGAUAAAUUGGGAGAAACAGUUUAAAGUACAAAAGCCAGUAAUUUCUUGCUAAUGGUACUGUGGAGGGGCGGGGGAGUUGAUGGGACCAAAACCCAAAGCUUCUAACUUUCUAAGAGCUAUAUGUAAGCACUGUAGUGUCUAAAAUUCAUUUUACUUUAUUUAAUGCCUGUACAACCUUGGACUUCAAAAAUUACUGUCAGGACUGAUGGCAAAAAUCCUAUUAACUUCAUGGCGUAACAAGGGUUUGAUUCUGAAUUAAGUUAUUUCAGCUUUUGUUCACAGGAUUAGGAAUCAUCAACCGCAUGUUCCUCAGAAGGUUCCCACCAUUUUCAUUCACCUUCCAGAACUAGAACCUGCUGCCUCUACAAUCUGUUUUCUGCCUCAUCUCCUUAAGCCCCUCAGUCUUGUUCCUUCCUAGGGAGCCAGGAGACAUAAAACCAUACAAGCAAACUGCAUGGCAACUGCUUUUACAUUUUUCUACUAAGUAAAGGCUACUCUGAAUAGUG